UCAUGUUUGUUAAAAUUAAUAGGAUUACAAAUUUACCUUUGUAAUAAAAAUAUAUCCUUAACAUUUUAAAAUAAUGUCAGCGCACUAUUUGAUUGCACUAUGUGACCCAUACGCGAUAAAAUAUUCCAAAUUUGGGUUCACUAAAACCAACUUUAAAUUUUUAUAAUAAUAUUAGAGUGGAUCAUCGACUUAUUUAUCAUCAAGUUUUAAUUAAACAUAUUUUUGUGUUUAUACGUUUGUUAAAGGUUUUAUUUUUACGAUAUACCAAUUUUUCUGCGAUAGGUAUAUAACCAUUUUAUAUUUGUAAUAUUUUACAUAGGUAUCUAUCUACUUACUCAUGUUAACCAUUAAAAUUUAAAUAUUGUUACAAGGCAAAUAACCCUGAUAAUGUUCUUAACUUUGAGUUUGAUAAUAAUAUGUCAAUUCAAUAGCCAUGGUGUCAACACAGUACUUAUUACAAAAUCUAAUAACAUAAGAAUUGUUUAUAUCAUUUGAAUCUAUUUCGGAAUUAUGGAAAAAUCAGCCAACAUACUUAUUAGUCCAGAUGUUAUUUAUAAUGGGUGGAGCAGUAACACUUAUACACGCACUUGCUAAUGGAGGAAGACGUCCUCUACUUUGGUUAUGCAUUAUUUGUCAUGGUUUGGUUGUUGAAAGUUUAUGUUAUGUCAUGCCUGAAAUAGACAAUUUUUGGCAUAGUACUGCACCAGUUAUGUUUUUCCGACAUCGACUUCCGUUGUACGUCAUAAUCUUAUAUUCAGUUUUUUAUUACAUUGCAAUUGAAGUGGCAUACAGGACAAACAUAACCAAAGUAGGUUUUAUGGUUACUGUAGGAUUGAAUGUAUUUUUGAUUGAUUUACCAUAUGAUAUAAUGGGUAUAAAAUUUGUUCAUUGGACUUGGCAUGAUACAGAUCCAAACAUAGAAGAUCGAAUGUAUUGGGUACCAUGGACUUCUUAUUAUUUUCACAUGGUGUUUUCAGCAAGUUUUGUUUUUUGGUUUUUCAUAAAAGGUGUAAGUCUUGACCAAACAUAUACAUCCAGAACAGAGAUUUCAACUUCUCUAAAAACAAUAUUCUUUAGUACACCCUGCGGAAUAUUAUGCUUUUCUGUACUUUAUCAUCCGUUACAUGACCUGUAUAAUGUUCCAACACAAACAAUAACAAUGUUUUUAAUAGCAUUAUACAUCAUGUUGUCUAUUUUGAAACGCAAACCUAGAAAAAUGUUUGAUCGUCCAUCCCCUAUGAUUUUGUACCUUACUGUGUACUAUGCUACAUUUUUGUGUUUCGCAAUAUGGGGAAAACCAGAAAAUGAAAUUUCAAUUGGACCUCACGAAGAAAUUGGUCCAUGCAAUAUUACAGUAUCAUCUUUUGGAACGGAAUUGAAAAAACGUAAAUAUUUAUGUAUUGAAGACUAUAAUGAAGAUUUUGAUUUCCAUUGUGUGAUUGAUGUCCCAGCUCAACAUAGCCAAGUGUAUGCAAUAUGUGGAACACCUUUUAAGAAUCGGAUUGAAUACAUCGUUUUAAUGAUCACAAUCAUUAUGGUAGCAUUUACACACUUCAAUAAAUCAUUUAAAAUAAUAAGACCAACAAAAAAAUCUCAUUGAUAAAUAUCAAAAGUUUAUUAUUAGGCUAGAGAAAUAUGAAAAUAAUUAUAAUAGUAUGAAUUAAAUUGUUUACAUAUAAAGUGUUCAUUAAAUAUUUUAAAUCUGAUCUAUACACCUCAUAUUUAUCUGGUUUAGGUAGUUUAUUCUUGAAAUCGUUC